AAAUAUUUAUAGGGAGCUGAUAUGGGUUCUAAAUCCCGCUCCAGAUCGAAGGAGAGAAGUAGAGGAGGUACGGUUGAUAAAGAUAGAUCCAAAUCUAAGGAGAAAUCAAAAUCAGAAGACAGACAGAGAUCCAAAGAAAAAUCCAAAUCUAAGAGUAGAUCCAGAUCCAGGUCAAAACGCCGAUCUAGGUCUAAAGACAGAUCCAGAUCUAAAGAAAAACGAUCACGUAGGUCGUCCCGCUCAGGAUCUCGCUCACGUGACAGGAGACAUCGUUCAAAAUCACCUGACCGACGUAGACGGAGAUCCCGAUCUGAUUCGAGAUCUCGGCACUACAACCGUUACAGUGACCAGUAUUGGCGAGAACAAGGCGGCCCUGAGUACAGGAUCGGACGAGACGGAACUGUUUAUUACUACAGUGAACGAAACGGGAGACCCUUUGAGAUUAGACCAGGAGAUUGGACAUGUUGUCGGUGCAAGCAGAAUAACUUUGCGAGGAACAGGGAGUGUUAUCGAUGUAGAGAACUGAAGGGCAGUGCUGAGCUCACCAUGGAUGUGUGCCGGAGAGAGGGAAAGAAGGACAGGUCUAGGUCGAGAUCUAGAGAUAGAGAUAGGCGGAGGAGAAAGUCUUCGUCACGAUCUCGGGGUUCCUCAAGGAGGCGUUCUCGGUCCCGAUCCGGCAGUGGAAGUAGCAGUUCCCGAUCCAGAUCAAGGAGUCCUAAGAAAAGCAAGAGCAGCAAAUCUGCUGCAGAAAUCGCUGCAAAUUGAGAGAGCGGUUCUGAUAAGAAAGUGGUAACUGAUAAGAGUGCUGAUGGUAGUCGAUAAGUUAUUCCGAUAAGAUCUGAUAAGAUAAGAUAAUUGGUGAGGUUGAUAACCCAAGAUAAAUCAGAUAAUGGAGACAAGUGAUGUUGCGAGCUGGCUCAGCGCUAGCGGCUCAGUUGCCAGAUUCCGUACAAAUCCCUCUUUUGCCACCGUGAUAUCCUUCAAAACUGGUUACAACAUAUUUGUGGUCAGAUGAAGCAGUCGUUCGGGGAUCAACAGAGUGGAUAUUUGCCGGACCAUCUUGUCAUCUGUUGAACCAACUGCUAGUUUGUAUGGGACAAAAUACACUGUUUUGUUAAACUGCCAAUAUGUAGACGUAUUUAUAUUGUGAGAUGUUAUUAGAUAUUAUUAGUAUGACUUAGUGAAUAUUUACAUUAUUAAGAUUUAAUUUAUUCAUUACAUCACUUUUUCAGAAGUUUAUAUUCAGCACAGCUGACUCACUGUAAGAAUGGUAAUUUUAUCGCAGUUAUACGACUAUCUUUUUCAUACACAAUAAACAGUUAACACAUUCUAAUAUACUGUAUCAGUAUUUCAACUUUAAGCCACCACUUACGUUCAUAUUGUGUACCCAUUCUACAGCUUACGUUAUUUUAUCCAUUCGCAUUUCCAAUUUGAUUUGAAGUUAUUUUUGGCUACGGGAUUUUAUAAUCUAUACAUUUUGAAUUUCCAUCUUUAAUUGUAAAUUGUGUUGGUUGUCUUGAUAUCUUACUUACUGUAUUUAUUGAAUGUAACAUGACAUGAGAUUGUUUACAAUAAAGGUUAACCUCUUCAGAUGACCAGGUGAAGGAACGUUAACAGCAGCUGAUCAUACGCUAUCUAUGACGUGUCCUAUAUUGUGAUAUGGACUAACGAACAGUUGAAGUAUUAUCUCCCACUACAAUUGUAAUUUUACACUUUCUUCUUCUCUUACUCGAGUUUGAACUUACUUUCAGAGGCAUCGCAUCAUGAAUAAUCCAACCACUUGAGAUGGCUAAAGGUGUUAUCAAGUGCAAGUCAUGAUCGAGAUAGAAUCAGAGGAGGUGAUAGCCGAGAAGAAGGCAAAGAAGAAGGUGAAAAAAGAUAAAAAGAAAGCGAAGAAAGCAAAAAAGGAAAUGAAGAAGAUUAAGAAGAAAGCAAAGUAUGGAAAUUUCAAUGAGGCGGCGUUGACAGUGUCAGAGUUAGAGGAACAGCAACGAAGACUGAGGGCGGCAUUGAACAUGUCCAGCCCUUCUGAUGAAGAAGAUGGUGAAAUAAUCGACAAGUCUGGAUCAGUGAAGAAAGUUGAGUACCCCUGGUUUGCUAAAACGUACAGUGAAUCACCUCGUCACACGGAAACAUCAGAACCACGUCAACCUUACCGAGAACCUCCAACACCCACUGAGGAGGACGCCCGAGUCCUCACACCCUCUCCUCCUAAAAAAGAGAAGAAAUCGCACAAACACAAGUCCAAAUCUCCCAAGAAAGAUCGGGAACAUUCGAGAAGGUCACAUCGUUCAAAGUCGGGCAGUAGAUCGAGAAGAGAUAGCAGAGAAGAUGAGAAGAGACGGAGAUCGAAGAGAGAUGAAGAGUCGGAGAGGAAAAGUAGGAAGACAGAUGAUAGGAAGAGACAAAGGAGUGAUGAGAGGGAGAAGAAGAGGAGAUCGAGGAGUAAGGAGGAUAGAAACAGUCUCCCAGAUCGCAAGAUAAGUUCUACUAGGAAACGAAGCAGGUCACUCUCAAAGUCCAGCCUUAGUCCAAAACGUCAGAAGAGUUCGCCUAGACGUCGGGACGGUGGUAAAGAUAACUCCGUUAAAACACGUGACCCUUCCCCUAAGAAGAGGGAGGCGACACCACCGAGAGCAGAAGGAUGUCUGCCAACACUUCGCGUUCCAUCACCAAUCAAGAACCAAGAUAACGGCCAAGAUCGCCCUUCAAAAGACCGACCUCGUUCUCCCUCCAGACGAUCAGAUAACCGUCAGCGCUCCCCUCCCAGACGAUCAUCAGAUCGACCACCACACUCCCCAACCCGGAGAUCUAAUGACCGGCCCCCGGUUAGAAGAUCAGCUGAUAAACCACGCUCACCCUCGAGACGGUCUCCUCCGCGGUAUAAUCCCAGAUAUGACCGCGGACAAGCCCGACGGUCACCUCGACGGCAGUCUCCUCGACGGUGGUCACCUCGUAGCAGACUGAGGAGAAGUUAUGAUAGAGAUAGGCCCGAUGAGAGAAAGGAGAAAGCUCAGUCUUCUGAUGACGAGAUCCUGGAUAUAGAGUUAAAAGAGAGUGAUGAUGAGGAAGCUAUUAUUGCCGCUCGAAGAUCCCGACAUGCGGAUAUCAAAGCUAAAAUAGAGUCUGAAAAGAAAGCUGAGGAAGAAAAGAAGACUGUUGAGGCCAAAGAAAAGUUAGAAGAAGCGAAGAAAGUUUUGGAGGAAGAAAGGAAGAAAACUGCAGCUGCACGAAGGAAGAAGAGGAAAAGUUCUAGCAGUUCUAGUAGUGGUAGCAGCAGCGACGAUUCCAGUUCCUCCUCAAGCUCAUCUGACAGUAGUGACUCUGAAGAGGAGAAAGCUAAGAAGGCUGACCCUAAAAAGAAAACGACAACAAAACACGAGGACGCUAAAAAGGUUGAAACCAAGAGUGAAGAACCCAAACUAAAGAAGGAAGAGCCAAAAGAGGGAAAGAAAGUUGAAGAAUCGAGUGACGUUGAGGAAGUUAAAGAAAGCGUUGAGAUUAAAGAACCCGCUUCAGAUAUAUUUGGCGAACUCUUCACUGAGAGUCCUACAGUAGCAGUUAACAACCAGAAUGCUCUUGAUAAUCCUAAUUUAACAGACAACUGGGACGAUUCUGACGGAUAUUACAGAGUGCGUAUAGGGGAGAUCCUGGAUAAGAAAUACCAAGUGUACGGUUACACAGGACAGGGUGUAUUCAGUAACGUGGUCCGUGCACGUGACACUACCAAGGGAGACAGCGAGGUCUGUGUCAAGAUCAUCAGGAACAAUGAAAUUAUGGAGAAAUCAGGACAGAGAGAAUUGGAAGUGUUAGCACGACUGAGACAAGCAGACCCAGACAGCAAAUAUCAUUGUCUGACCUUGUACCGGUCCUUUACGCACAGGAACCAUUUGUGUCUUGUAUUCGAAUCUCUCAGCAUGAACCUACGAGAGGUUCUGAAGAAGUACGGUAAAGACGUGGGUUUACACAUUAAAGCUGUUAGAAGUUACAGUCAACAGCUCCUCUUUGCACUGAAGCUAUUGAAGAAAAACGGAAUACUUCAUAUGGACAUUAAACCAGAUAAUAUCUUGGUAAGCGAGAACAAGCUCCAGUUAAAGCUGUGUGAUUUUGGCAGUUCUUGUUACGCUAACGAGAUCGAGGCGACACCAUAUCUAGCCUCCAGAUUUUACAGAGCCCCUGAAAUUAUUUUGGGUAACAGGUACGACUAUAACGCUGACUUGUGGGCGGUCGGGUGUACUUGGUACGAGCUUUACACAGGAAAAAUCAUGUUCCCAGGAAAAACGAACAAUGAGAUGUUAAAGUUAAUGCAAGAUUUGAGGGGAAAAUUCCACAACAAAAAUGUCAGAAAGGGUGCAUUCAAGGACAACCACUUCGACAACAAUAUGAACUUCCUGUACUCCGAAGUAGACAAAGUUACCGAACGUGAGAAAAUCACAGUAAUACACUCUAUAAACCCCAAUAUAGAUCUACUUCGAGUUUUAGUUGGAAAACAGAAAAAUUUAUCCGAUGAACAGAUGCGAAAAGUAACGCAGUUCAGAGACCUUCUCGACAGAAUGAUAGUUCUUGACCCAACCAAACGAAUUUCACUUAACGAUGCUCUCAGGACUCCGUUUAUUAUGGAGAAAAUGAAAUGAAAAGUAGCUGUUAGCUUCUCUCGAUUUGACGCAAUUUAUAAUUGGCUUGUUUCUGCAUAAUUUUUUAUCGAAUGCAGAAAGAUUUUGCCAAGUUUUAUGUUACAGUAAAAGUUUUUUAUUAGUUUAAAAUGUAAAGAAUGGGAUUGCAGAAGAGUUUUGUUGCUGUACAGACCAAAAAUUUUCAUAUUUUGACUUUUUGAUGGUUGAAUAAAUUGCAGUUCAGUUCUCGAAUUUCAGAGAUGACUCAACUGAGACUGUCUCAGUGUCUCAUGUUGACUGUUAUCUUUUCUCCAUAAUUGCUUUUCCAUUUUCAUUGAUGUAUUACAGUCAUA